AUGCCUUUUUAUAAAUCUCCUAUUCACGCGCUCUAUGACUUGUCUCAUGUUAAUCGUUCCACAGACGUGGUAAUUCAUUGUUCGGAUGGCAAGUAUGCGAGUAUGAAAAAGGAGGUAGCGAUCAAGUGCAAGUUCAUCGAACUAAGUGAUGAAGAAAAAAAUGUUGAAUUUGAGUACCCGAUCGCAGUUCUUGAUACUCUUGCUUCCUGGGCAGAAAAGUACGGAAUGGAUGGUGUUGCAGAAAGCGAUAUUGUGAGGCCGUGUGUUUACCGAAAUGUUCUGUACGUUUUAAAGUCUAAAUGGGAUGCAGAAUUUUUUGAGGCUCGUUUGGCAAAUGAAACAAACAUCGGAUGUUACCUUCAGACCAUAAAUGCCGCGGAAAAGUACAAUAUGAAGGGGCUUUAUGACUUGCUUUGUCUUGGUCUCGGGUGCAAGGUGCGCAAUGAUGAUGAAGAAGAGAUUAUUCAUAAGGUAAUGGGAGUUCCAGAGGAUGUGGAAAUAACCCCAGAGGAUUUGGAAAACACAAGCGUCCGGUAUCCAUGGCUGAAGGAGGCCAUUGAACCAGUGGUAAGAAAGUAA